UCACCAGCCAUCUUGGCGGCUGCUUUUGGUUGGGGGCCAUCCCGCACCUAAGGCAGGAAGAUGGUGGCCACAAAGAAGAUGAAAAAGUCGCUGGAAUCCAUCAACUCAAGACUCCAACUCGUUAUGAAAAGUGGAAAGUACGUGUUGGGGUACAAACAGACUCUGAAGAUGAUCCGACAAGGCAAAGCGAAGUUGGUCAUCCUCGCCAACAACUGCCCGGCUUUGAGGAAAUCUGAAAUAGAGUACUACGCUAUGUUGGCCAAAACUGGUGUCCAUCAUUACAGUGGCAAUAAUAUUGAAUUGGGCACAGCGUGUGGAAAAUACUACAGAGUAUGCACACUGUCUAUCAUUGAUCCAGGUGAUUCUGAUAUCAUUAGAAGCAUGCCAGAACAGACUGGUGAAAAGUAAAUCAUGCAAAAUUGUUCUUUAUAAUAAAACUUGGCAGAGCUUGUUUCAAAAAAAAAAAGAAAGAAAGAAAGAAAGAAA